GGGAGGUCCCGCUGGCGGCUCCCGGUGCUGGCCGGGGUUUGCCGUCCCGGCUUCGCGCCGUUGGGCUCCUCGGAGCUCGGGGCCAGGCCGGAGCUCGGUCUCCACGCUGAGGCUGCCGGCAGGAGGGGGGCGGUGCUGGGAGGCCGAGGCGGAAGUCUGAGUUACAAUGGUGGCGGCCCCGCCACUCGGAUGGCGUGGAAGUCGCUCGCUGCUCACCACGGCCGCGAGCGUCGCCACGAGCGCCGUGGCCAGGGAUGUGGGGAAUGGCCGUGAUUACUCUCAGAGAUAGCGAGCCCUGCGGUUCUCCUUACGGAGGGAUGGGGGGAGGAGAAGGGCUGACAAGGUCGAGCAGGGGCCGUGCAGGUGGACUGCAGGGCAGCAUCGACACGAGGUACAGCUGUCGCCUUCCUGCGUUCACCUCUCUGUUCUGUGCUUAGGUCCCCUUCACCACGCCCUGACACCUGAUGCGUCCACCGACACCAGCACGGGGUGCAUUCCGAUCAGGUUAAAGAGUAGCCCUGCUGUUCUGUAGCAUUUAUUGCUCUCUCCCCCACCCCCUCGCUGCCUCCUUCCAUCUCAGUUUUAUCUCCCUAUCGAUCUGUUUCUCUCACACUCUCUGACACGCUUGCCGCCUUUCAUUAUUAGUCCGAUAAAACAAGGCAGCCUGAGCAUCCCAGCUGCACCAGCCUCCCUCUGUUCUCCUCCUCCGCGCUGACCCCAGGUCCUGUGUGCUCUUUGCUGGGCCACCACAAUUUUUCUUCUCCUUUGUCCUGCAUGGAGCUAAAACAAGGGCAAGGAGUGAAUCAUACCCUGAGCUCUCUAAAUGAGAAGGCCAUCAUCUUCUCUGAACACACAAGCGCUCGUGUGAGCGCACGGCAUCUUACCCAUAACUUAGCAAAGUCUUUGCCUCAUCCCUAGAUCAGAAUGACAGAUGUUGAGAUUAAAUUCCAGACUUUUGGAGUCUCUAAGUCUCAAGAUUUCAUUUCAUUUUGUUACAAAUUCUUGAGUGCCUAUCUUAACGUUACAGGGAAACUGUGAAAUGAGAUCUUGGUGUAACCUGAGUCGAACAUUAAGAGUCAAAAGUAGGAGGCAAAGAGUGCAGAUGAACGCAAGCCUUUACAGCGUUUCCAAAUUUUAAGAUGUAUCUCGUAAUACUGGGAGGUUGUGGGUUAUUAUUUCUGAGCGUUGGGGACUUGUAGUUCUCUCUGCAGCUACCUCUCACAUUACCCCCCUCUUCUCAGAAUGAAGCACCAUUCUUUUCCUGCUGUAGAUCCACCUUCUUUCCCAUGCACCCACUGCCCCAGUUUAAAGCCUGCAGUCAUACUGCAUUGUUCUAGGUUGCUUCUCUCUUUACCACUGCAAAAUCAAAAUGAUUUGUCAAUAUGCUGACAAUAUUUUUUCUCUAGCCCUUCUCCAAACGUAGUCUGGGUCACAUCUUCUGAGAUGAUUUUUCACAACUCUGUGCAAGUGCCACAGACUCUUAGGCAACAAGCUUGUAAGGAUGAGGGAGAAUGGGGCAAUCUUUUUGGCAGGCAACAUGAUAGAAAGAUUUUUAACCCUGUAACUUGUACCAGGUUAACACACAGGGUGGUAAGAUCUGUGCCUAAUUACAUCUAGGGCAGCCUAACACCUAUUGCUUAUAAAGGAGUUUAAGAGGAGGGUGGCUGCACAGUAACUCUUAUUCCCAUGCACUCUCACAGCCCUUGGGAAUUUGCAGAUCAGGAACUCUUUUUUUCAGACAGCCUCCAGUCAUGAUUCUCCAGAAGAGAAAGGAACCUUCACAUCACACGGUGGCUUGUGUCUGUGAUUAGGCAUUGUCCAGUGACUGGCUCUCGUUUAUUCUCUGCCAGAAUACCUGGUAUGCUUUUCCCCAGGAAGGAAGUCAUGCUGUAGUCAGGUCAUGUCUCUUUCUGCUUUUUGAUAAGUUAAGCAGGUUGACCUCUUUAAAUUACUGAGAUCUCUAGCCAUCUUUGAUUCAAAGUUAUUUUUAAAGUGUGGACUUCAGCAUUAGGUCAGAGAGAAGCCUGAUCAUCUCCCUUCUUCUCCUCACUCUUGUCUUUGCAUACCCAGGCACUGCAGUAUUGUCCACAGAGAUUGUGUUGGUGUUGUUUUUUGUUUGUUUGUUUGUUUGUUUUCUCUCUGAUUCCUUUUAAGAUCACCUUUUUUCAGUACUGAAAGUUGAUCACUGUAGACAUGGUCUUAUCUUCUUCAUCGACAUCUUUUCCUUUUCACAGCUGUACAAUUUGCUCUCAUCUGUCUUACAAGAAGUUUUAUGAGAGUACCAAUGCAACAGGUCAUUCUGCACUGGCCCUACCCUUGUUAUUUUUAAUACUAACAAUAUUUGUGUCUUCAGCAAACUGUGUCAGAAUAAAACAUAUCUGUGCUUGGUGAGAAUUAAAUGGUGUCUUACACUGGACCUAGGACUCAUACCUAGGCAUCCACAUCAGAAACUGUCAUUCAGUGAGGGGCUUUUAGGGAUGAGCCCUUUGCAUUUGGUUCAACAUAGUGAACUGGUCCACUUAAUCUCCUGCUCUGUUAAUAUUGUGUAAUGCUGUUUUUUUCUCACCAGAUUGUUUUGGGAUAUUAAUGCUUCCAGAAGCCUAAAUAGAUCUAAGCCAUCACCUAUUCCAAAUAAACCUGAAGUCACAUCAAAGACUGACAAGAACAAAACAAGUUUAUGCAGCAAGAUCAGUCUCCUUCAAAUCAGGCUGUUUGGCAUUAGCUGGAGAAUCUCAUAUCAGCUCUUCUCUUGCUUUGCCUAGAAAUUUUCAGGUCUUCUGUUUGCUCUUUACAAAUACCAGCACAGCACUGCUCUUCUCUAGUCUUCUGGGAUAUCUCUGAGAUUCCAGAACUUAUUAACAAGUUGUUUUUUUGAGCAAUAGGACUGACGAACCUGGCUUCUCUAAGGAUUUGUUGCCUGUGUGUUUUAUACUUGCCGUGCCAUCAGCUGAGGUACCUUGAUGACACCCUUUCUGCAAUGUGCCACAGCUGUGAGUCCUUUCCCCUCGCCUGUAGCCAAUGCCUUGGGCUCGUCCUUCACCACUCUCUAGCACAUACAGCUUCUUCAGUAUUUUCUGCUUAAUUUAUUUCAGCCUCCUGGCCAGACUGCUCUGACCAGCAGGGUUUUGCCCAGCAGCAUGGCCAUGGGGUCUCCUCCAGCACAGUCACUAGCAGCAUCUCUGUCUGACUGCUGGUUUUCUCUCAUACAACUUAUUGGAGCUUAUUUACCUUUCAGACUCUGCUUCAUUUGUCAAGUCCAGCUGAAUGUGGCUCAUGGCAACUGACAGAUGAGCUGAUGGACUGAUGGGCAGCAGAGCAACCGCAGGAGCCUCACUGCCCUCAGGACACAAAGCUAAAUCAGAGCAGCAGAGGUCCACUUGGCCUCAGGACUGGUGUAAAUAACCUCUACGUGAUGACUGUGCCAGACAGAAAUAACAGCCUUCCAUCUUUCUAGGUGCAGUGGUGCAGAAGGUACGUUAUUGAUCCUGGUCCAAAUCUUGGCCAAAUACACAGCAGAGGGAGUUUUCACAUUUCCAUCUUCAUUUCGUCAUCACAUCACCUUCACUUGAACACCCUCAGAAUAACACUUCUUUCUUAAUAUAUCUCUCUCAUCUUCUCUUUUCCACCUGCAGCUCCAGCAGCCCACCCGACUGCAGCUCUUCACUCAAAUGUCCCUGUUGUUUCUUGCUACCUUUCCUUUCAGCCCAUCCCAAGUGUUUCCUUUUGCCACUCUGCUUCUCCAGACCCAUGCUCCCAAAGAAGCGUGCCUUUCCCUUUGUGUCAGGUGAGAGUGAUGUAAGCAUGACAUCAGCUCCUGCGCUUGCUGUUCGCAUUGCCUCCAUGCCUUUCCUGACUUCUCUCACACCUCCCAGGGUUUCCUUGAUCCCUACAGCAUCUUCCUCCUCCUCCUCCUCUUUCCUGCCUCUGGCUUCCUUCUGCAGUUUUGCUCUUCAGGGGGAUUUUCAGUGUUUGCGUCAUUUGGAUUUUCGCCCUUUAACUGACCUUUCCCUGGUUGAAUUUUCUCAACUGUUUUGUGCUUCCCAAUUAUUCUAAACACAUUCAUCAUAAUUUGAAAAGGUCAGAAGGAGCCUGCCUGGCUGAGGUAGCCCCUUCCAGAGCUUUCUGCCCUUGGCUCCCCUUGGACCCCAACCACAACAAGACAGGCAGCACAGUCCUGUCCUGCCCUGUCCUCUAGCCAUCCUAAGCAGCAGCAUGCUGGCACAUCCAGCCAUGCACAGUCGCUGUCCCAAAUGUAAAAAUCCCACGGGCACUUCCAAAGGCUUACAAAAGCCCUGAUGGGUGAAAGGUGUGCACAGUCCUGCUCACAAGUGUGUGAACUCACAGAGGGUCUGAUGGACAGCAGCAGCUUCAGAGCCCUAAGAUCUGUCAGAAGGUGGCACAGCCUGUUCCAGGUAACGCGCUGCACUUGGGCUGUGUACUGAGUGCCCUUUGGUCACCUGUGUCCAUUCCUGGUACUGUGGCAGGUUGCUUCAUAGAGCAGCACCGUCUGUACUAUUUCCUGUUUUAGCAGGGUCAGUGACAGCCUUUCCUCAUCACUUCAUGAUGAAAAGUUUGAUUGUUUCUGAGGAUCUGAGGAAAUUGCUUUCUGGCUCCCUCAUAUUUCAGACCCUGGAGUGGAAGCUGCCUUGAUGCCUCUGACUUUCAUCUCCUAUCCAGGGCUGCUCGGCAGCCGCCUCUUGAUUUGGCCUGUGCCUGCUAAUGGUGCUGAGGGCGAAUCUCCCUGCAAAACACCCAGCCCCUCCAAGGCACAUAAUCUUUUUUUCUCUCCUUCCACCGCCACAUCCCUGCCAUCUCCAGACGCAUCCAUCGAUCCCCAGCAGAGACAGCUCAGGGACCUCCGGGGCGAUCCCGUGGCUGGAGCAGACCCCGCUCUGCUCUCACAGCACCCAGUGUCCCACUCGGCCCACGCAUGGGCGCCUCGGCUCUGCCCGUGGGGCUCCCCCGGUCCCACGCCGGCCGCGGCUAAGGCCCUGGGCCCGGAGCUCGGCGAGACGGGGACGCGGGGCGGGGGGAACGAGGAACGAAGGCGGCGGGGGCGCGGCGGGGAGGGGAUCCCGAGGGGUCCCCGAGGCCGGAGCCGUCCGGCGGAGGCGUUCGCUCUGCCGAGGGAAGCGGCGGGUCCCUUGGAGACACCUCUCUCCAUAGCAACCCAAUCGCUUCCUGGGAAGAUCCCGAAAUAACCGACACGACGGGAACGGCGCGGAGCGGGCAGCGGCGGCGGAGAGACAGCAGCACCGGGCAGCCAGGGCUCAGCCUCGCCGAACCUUCCUUCUCCUCCUCUCCUUCUUUCGUCCUGACCAUGAGCGGCAGCGGCGGCAGCGGCCGUGCCCCUCCGGCCCCCGGCCCCGCCGCCCCGGCUGCGCCCCGCCCGGCUCCCUGCAAGGUAAGUUCGCUCCGGGCUCGGGCACGGCGUGGGGACGGGGCCGCAGGGCGAGGGGCGGGCGGUGUGCGCCCGUCCACGAAUCCUCUAUCCCCGUCUCCUUCCCCGUGUCCUUUCUCCCUUCUUCUUUCCCCUCUCCCCAUCGAGGUGCCCGUCCCCUCCCAGCCGACUGUCUUCUUCCCCCGCUGCUCCUCCUUCUCCUCUCCGGGCUGGAGGUACCGAGAGACCGGGAGGGAGCGGGCACAGCCGCGGCGUUGCUGCCUCUCGCCCUCCAGCUCCGGGCUCCAUCACAGACCUGUUGUUCUGGAGCACCGGAGCCUGCGCUGAACCAGACGACUUCAGCCUAAUUGGCGCAGCUGGAGAGAAGAAACGGAGAGGUCAGUCCCUCCUCCUGCACGGCCAGGGGUGCAUCGUGCCACAGAGAGCGACUUGGAUGGGGAGACGGCACCUGGAGCACUCGGAUGCCCGAGAACAGUAGGAAGCUGGGAGGCAGGAGAUUGGCAGACUCAUGACAUGUAUUGCAGGCAGGCACUAGAUGGCAGGGGACCGGCAUCCUAGAGUGCUGGCUGGAAUGGGGCCAUGCUCACAGUUCCCAAAUGCAGGGAAGACUUGAGCUCAGAGGACCGCUUGUCAGGGAUAUCCGUAAUGAAUCCUGUUCCCUAGAUACCGAGGUUUCCAAAUCCACGGGCACCAUCACUCUGCAUCCCUGGAUUGUGCCCUAGCCCAGCAUUUCCAUGCCCAGCCCACGGGUGCUUGCCCUGGCACCCAGCAGUGGUAUGCCCGCCAGCUGGCACCAAGCCCUGCAAGACCUGCACUGACACUGGGUGAGCCCACGGGCUGCUCUGUGAGGCUGGCUGGACCACAGCACUACCACCAGCCUAUACCCUGUCAGGAAGCAGGCAGAGCAGCCUGACAUGAGCCACCACAUUCAGAAUGCCAGCCCCGAGGUCAACUUGCUCUGUGAGCCAUCAUUCCCACAAGCACACAGGAACUCCCUCCCCAGAUGGGCUCAGCUUCUCCCGUGGCUGGGCACCAGUACUUGGCUUCGCACCUCCAGCGGUCUGAGCUCCUUCAAGUGCAGCAAUUGCCUCCUUAGGGCAGCUGACCUGGAAGCCUUCCCUUUCCCCAUUCCCUCCCAGAAGGAUGCAGAAUCCCUUCUCACCAGCACUGAUGCUCAUGGUUGCUGCUACCAAAAUGAUUACAGCUCUGCAUCUUGGACCACAAGCUUCAGGAUGCUCGCAGCCACCAAGAAAAACGUAGAUGUGGGAUAAUCAGGGCACAAGCGGUGUUGCAGCAUCUCACUGCCAAGUGUCCCAACUCUCUCUGCUCAAUGCCCAGAGGAAGCUGCUGGGCUCCACAGUCCCAGAAUGCCAUUACCUAUCAGUAGCUAUCACCAUAGUCCUGGUGCUGGCUGGGAGUUACAAAUGCCAGCCAGCGUUCUGCCUCCGUGAGCAAGGCUGGGUCCCCCUCAGGUUUGUUUUGAUUUUUUAUUACCAUUCCGAGUGGGAUCGUUGCUGUGGGGGAGCGGGCAGAGAGAGGAUUUGCAUGAAGCUCUCGGUGCUGCAGGGUUGCUAAUGGCGAGUGCUAUUUCAGCUGGUAGCAAGUUUCAUAAUCUUGGCCCAGCUCUGGUGGAUGUUCUGUUCCUCAGGGUCGUAAGCCUCUUUCCCCUUCUCCUAUCCCUCCCCCCGCUCCCCAAAGUGGUCGGCAAUUUUGUUGUUCCUCUGGAAUAUAUCUGUCACGUGAGGUCAUCACUGCAUAAGUAGAGGUGAUUGAUUGCUUAGGUUGCAGGGCCCCAUCCCAUGUUGGGGCUUGAAUACUGGCUUGGAGACCUUAACCAGACCCGGUUCUCGCAGGAGAGCGGUGUGGAGUGCGGAGAGGCACGGUGAUGCAUUCCCGACAGAUUGAGUGGCUGAGCAAACAGACUGCUGCAUUUGGAACUAGCUGGAGCGCUUGGAGAGCAGACAGCUCCAUUCCUAGAGGCACAGUAGCACAGCAGUCAAGCCCGAGAUGCUACAAAAAUACAGAUAGAUCAUCGUCUGCCAGCCGAGCCAGGCAGGAGUGGGCGCAGCUCCCUUCCCAUCCCCAGAUAGAGGAGGCUGCCCGCUUGUCACCAGCAUGUCCUGCGUGUGCUCGGCCUCACCCAGAAUCCCCGGUCAGAGUCGAUCUCUGCUUGGCACCAAGAGAGCUGCGAGAUUCUCAGAUUUUAGGGCCGGGGGACCAUUUUGAUCAUCCAGUCUGAUCUACAGUGCUGCACAGGCCAGAGAAUUUCACCAGUUUCAUUUUCUGUGUCAAGCCCAUGGCCUCUGGUAGAACUACAGCAUCUCUGAGAAAUACAUGUAAAUGCUUCAGACAGCAGGGAAUUCACCAACUCUCAGGCAAACCGUUCUAGUAUGUGGCCCUCUUUAUUAAUAGUAUUGUUCCUCAUAUGAAUUUGUUAUACUUCAGUAUUUUGUAACAAAAGGUUACAGAUUGCAUUUGAUGUGAGGGAGCUACAGCACAGGUAUUGCUGCACGUGGCAGGCACCUCCACUCUUCUAUUCCAGUGAGAGCUUUUAUAUUUGAAUAGGAUUUCUCCUAUACCAGAGUUUUAGACAUGGAGGAGUUGCCCAUAGUAAAUCUCAGGGCUUCCACCCAAGCAUGGUGACAUCUGGAUUCCAGAGCUCAGGAGUCAUAUCUGCAGUUCAACCUGUGCUCCCUGCUCAGAGCUGGCAUGCAGCAGGUUGCACUCCCAGGCACUAGUUAGGGUGCACAUUCCCCUCUCCCUUGGUGAGCUGCCAUGUGUGCUUUGGGGCAGGGCUGCUGAGAUCUGCUCUCACAUCCCAGCUGCUGUGGCUGUGGGCUGCAGGAGAUUUACAGAGGGAGGAUGCUUAGCUGUGUCACUGGCUUAGGGGAGCAGCAGCAUGAUUUGGGCUUCCAUCCUGCAAAUUCACUCAGAGCAACUCCUAAAAGAUUGGCUCCAGAUCUACAGUCUGACCCCAUGAUGGGGUCUGUACGCAAUAGCAACGAGCAAUGUAAUUCUUACUCCUUGCUUCCAAGCACCGAGAUUCACAAACUGAGCUCAGUGAAGUGCCCUGGGGAAAUAGCUUUGUCAUUCACACUCUGUCAUCUGUGCAUAACAGGACACUGGAACACGGUGAUGAAGGCCCUGUACCUAGAGUGAAAGCACACAGGUCCAUCUCUCCACCCUGGAAGCAGCCCUGUCCAUUUUUAUCACAAUUAGACCUGGAGACAGCUGAAAGCAGGAACUGUGCCAGGUGGUGCUGGUGCAGAAAUCCAGCCUCCCCGGCAAACAACAGCCACCUGAAUGGUGUGAGGUGCAAAGACACUGGGAUUUGUAUCUCCAGGCAGGAAGAGCAUUCAAGCUCCCUCCUUCUCCCCAAAGAUCUGCUAUUCUUUUCAGCAGCAGGAUAGAAACUGAGUCAAGGGCAUUUGCUGUGCUUGCCCUGAAGCAUGGCAGUGUCUGUCCCCAGGACACAACUCCCCCUGUCAGCAGCUCAACGCAGAAUGCCCCAGACAUGCUUUAUCUGCUGCUGUGCAGGUACACUGCAGGGAGAUCCAAGCCCUGCUCUCAGCACCAGCACUGAGUGCAUAGGAGAGACCAGCCCUUGCUGACUAGCAUUUCAGCAUGAAUUCCUUCCCCUUUGCUCUCAUGUGGGAGAAAUGCUGGUGCUCCUUCAUCAAACGUGCCUGCUGUGCUCAUGCCAGGACACAUACUUAAGUCUCUGGCCUCAAUAUCAUGAACAAAACAGAAUGCACUGACUGGCAGCAACUGACAUUGUCUCAGUCUUGCACUCCUCUGGAGCUGCCUUUGGGGUAGGGCAUAAGAAGUCACUUGCUCUUCACUGUCUGCGGCAGAAUCUGUGCACAAAAGUGCCUUAGGUCUGAGCCUUGUACCCAGUUUCCAGCUGUCACCAUCACAGCAGUAUGUGUGGGUCUCGCUCCCUGCCCUCAGGUCUGGUUACAGCCACAACCUGCUUCCUAGGGCUGAAAUUUAGGUUUCCAGGUACAAAAGCAAGAGCAGCUUGGGUCUGUAGGGUACAACAGGGAUCCCUAUUUCCAGGCUUUAGAUCCUGGGAAUGCUUGGUGCUUUUGGUGGAGUUCACUGAUACAGGCAGUGCAGAGAGGUCUCUACUGCAAGACUGGAGCAGGGUGAUUUGUGCCAUUGAGCAAACACAGCAUGGUGAAUGGGAGGGAAUGCAGGCCAGCGCUGUGCCCCAUAUCCUGCCAUAAUUCUCCAGGAGGAACGCUGGCACUUAGGUGUGUCCCCCUAAUAUAACACUUUGCCCUGUGGGACUAGCACAGAUGUUCACCUUCAGCUGGAGAGAAUUUCCACUUCUGCAGCGGCACUACCCAUAUUCACAUCUUCGGCCUGAUGCCAGUGCUGUGACUUGUAAUGCCAUGCAGAAUGUGGCUUUUCACCCAGAGGGAACAGCUGUCUAUUCCCAGCUGUGGCAUCCUGAAGGCAGCCCAGUGGUUUGCAUGCACCUGGCCUGAAGACUCAUACAGAGAGAGAUUCCUGACAUUUGGAAUUCCCUCCCUUUCCCAAGUCCAAAGGAAAUUCUGUCUCAGAUUUCCUUGCCAGACACGAUCCUCCACAGCAUCAUGAUCAUCAUCCAGAUGGCCAAGAUCUUGCUAGCAUGAGGGAGUCUCUAGCUUUGGAAGAAACUUGCUCCAUUCUGCUGCUUCUCCGCAGAGCUGCAUUUUAACGAGCCCCUUCUAAGGCUUAGAGGUUCAGGAGCAAAGUACAAAGAAACGCUGAGAAUAGCUGCUCUUUUGUCCUCAUCUUCAUCUCUGGAUCUCUCCAGAGACAGAUCUUGCCCCGGAGGGAAGGGCAGGGCACAUUAGCCGACAAUUCCUUUUUUCCUGUGAACUUUGUUUAAAUAUUUAACAGAAGGAAACUAAAAAUAUCCCGGGUUAAUGCAGCGGGAACCAGACAGCUGCUCUCUUCUUAGGUGUUCUUCCUCCCAGCCCCUCUUUUCAGGCGCACACGGCGGGGUGAGAGCCCCCAGCCCAGCGAGGAAGGCUGCAGGAGGAAGGCUUCCAGCUCGGGAGGGGCUGCGGUGCAGGGCUGCCAGGGACCAAGAAGGGAGACGGCCGCGGCUCCCUGGGAGCUGCAAGGUGCAGUGCGGCGGGCGCAGGACUGGAGAUGCUCAGCCUCCACGAUGACUCCCUCCUGAGUUCCCAUGUCCAAGCGCUCUCUUUUCUCCAUCCCACAGCCGCAGGAGGGCACAAAUGGGGGAUGUCGGUGCUCGUGCUUCUCCCUUCACAAUGAAGGGACAAGCUGAAUGUCGUGAAUGAUUUUUCCUGCAUGAAGUCUGUGCUGCGGAGUGAAUCCCGGGUCAGGUACAUAACAGCUCACUGGGGAAGGGCCGGCGCUGCGCCAGGCACUGAAGGGAAGAGGCAAGCGGCAUGAAGGGCAGGCGGCCGCCGGACCCAGCAAGGUGCUGUGCCCUGCCCUGCGCUGCCCAUAGCGGAUGGGUGACAGGCAGUGGGAGAGCUGGGGGAGGAAGGGAAGGGAUGGGCGGUGCGGUGCGGAGGACGCUUGGACAAGGAGUGUAGAAAGGUAAUUCCGUUUAGCUAAGAGGAAAGUAAAUACUAAAUAUUUGAUAGGCAUAUUUUUGCUCUUAAGUUCUUUACUAAUGCUGGACUUUUCUCGCUGAUUCACUCUCUCUUUCCCAAUCUUCCUGGUUUAUCACUUGUGCGCUUCCCCUCUCGCUCCCUCACCCCGGCACACAAUGAAGAGGCUCCUUUUUAAUAAAUGGAUUACACGCUCCACACUAUAAAUAAACACGGGAAUUAAGAUUCCAACUUGUUCUGGCGAUAAGCAAACAAAAGCGCCGAAGCCCCCCCUCGGCCCUCAGACAGGAGUGUGUCUCCCGGGAGGCUGCGCACGUGUCUCUACAUGUGUGCUCAAAAGGCAGCUCACUGCUCCCCUGUGUGCGUUUCUGUGGGUCGGGGAGCAGUGCUGCAAUGGAUACACCUGUAUGCGCUGCCAUGCUGUGCCAUGCUCUGCCCGUCAGGGCUGGGGGUUUGCACCAGUACUGAGCAGAGAGUGAUGGCCAUGAGGUGAGGGCGCAACUUAACCUCUCUCUCUUGCCUUCCAGUGAGCAGCAUGAGGCAGGACCUCGCCGUGUGACGAGGUGUUGCUGCAUCUGUGAUGGACCCCGGUGCCUGCAGGAUGCCUUUCCUGGUCUCCUCCAUCCACUCCCUGCAGCUAUGGCACUUCCUCCUCCUGGUUUCAGCCAUUCCUCCACCCGCCGUCUGGUCUCUCCGCCCUCGUGGUCCCAUGGCAGCCCGGCCUCUCUGUGCCCGUCGCAGCCCCUCAGCCCUCCGGCCCAUAUGCAUCUGGGACAGGACCUCACUGCCGGAGUGGGAUUCACGCCUUGCCACACCACGCCAGCGGGUCUUGAUCCCCCGAGGAGGGGACCAGCGCCAUACCGUGCGGCUGAGACGCCAAGCAGCAGGAGUCAGACCUGCCACCCCCUCUGGCUUUGAGGACGGCAUGCCCUCCUCCCAGUACCCCUGGGCCAUAGUGUGGGGCCCCACAGUGUCAGAUGAGGAUGGAGGGGAUGCCAACUCGGCCAACCCCGGCUUCCCACCACUGGGUUACACCUUUGUCUCACCACGCGGGAUGGCGACGGCACAGCCCAACUCCCACUCACUGCUGCACAAUGCGGGGCUCAAUCUCCGUGAAACCCCGGCCACCCUGCGGCCCUUCCUGUUCGGGCCCCGGGGUGAAGGAGUGGACCCCCAGCUGUACGUCACGAUCACCAUCUCUAUCAUCAUUGUCCUGGUUGCCACUGGGAUCAUAUUCAAGUUCUGCUGGGACCGUAAUCAGAAGCGCCGGCGCCAUUCUGGGCAGCAGAGCGGCGGGAGGCAGCAGGACAGCCAGCAGCCCCUCACAGACCUGUCCCCCACUGCCAUCAGCAUCCUGGGGCCCUACAGUGACUCCCUAGCACCCACCCCUGAAGCAGAGGAACCCAGGCAGGGGCAGGAGGGUGUGGAGAAACUGGGGGGCCACGGGAAAAGCACCGCCUUCCAGCUCAACCGAAUUCCACUGGUGAACCUGUGAUGCAGAUGGGAGAAGCAGAGCUGGCUCCCCGACCCUCCUGCCACAGCGGGGAGCCCACGCUUCUGCCACCUCUGCUACCCCAGGAAAAAAACAAUCUCCUUGUGCCACGGCCCGCUGCCACAGUUGUUAACUAACUCCACCAGGAUGUGCCUGGGCAAAUGGACGAGCUGGGUCUUGCUAGCAUCCUGCGGGGGAAGGUUGGGGGCCUCCGUGCAGGACGGGAUGCGGAGCGAGCCGGACGUGGGAGGGGAGGCAGCUGUUGGUUUUGUGAAGUCAUAGCCUGCCCUGCCUCUCUCCUCGCACACACACACGCGCUCUUCGACCUCUGUGACUCUCCCACCAGUGCAUGCCUGACAAAGGGGUAGGUGAGGUGGAAAGGCGUCCCCCUGUCCCCAUGGGCUCAACCCCCUCUGUGUGUCCCUUCCUGUGUUGUGUGCUUUGAUGUGAACAUCUGGAGUUCAGUGGCUGCAGCUUCACCUCUGGGCUGGGGAUCAGGUGGUGGCAGAUCCUCCUGUUCCCAAGGCCUUAGCUUUCCUGAGGGCCCCAAGGCAAAUCUUGGGAAGAAGAGGCUUACACAGCACCUGUCCCUCUCAACUAUCCAUUUCCUUGAAGGAAGCAUUACCCUACCUUUGAUAUUCACAUUUUCCCAUUUUCUUUCUGCCUAACACUCCUCUGUUUUCUGUCUUCAGCUUGUAUCUUUCUUCAUCUCUUAGUCCUCAGUGUUCCUAUUUUUUUCUCUCAGUUCCUUCUCCCCUCUUCUCUUGCCAGUUAAGGUUGGAAAAAGUUCCAUUAGUUUUCCAAAUGUUUAGAUUCCUUGGAAGUCUCCUUACUGCCCCAUUCUGCCCCUUCAGUCUCCUUCAUCAAGGUUUUAUCUCUACUCUGUGGUGAUGUUCGUCAGAAAAUCAGAGUUGAAGCCUUCUGGGCAUUUAGCAAGAGCCCUGUCCAUUGAGAUCCUGCUGAAGCAGCAAAAGUGCAGCAAGCAGAUACAGCUGCAUAUGAGGAGUUUGAGCUUUGCUAGGCUGUGGUAGGGAAUUGCUUUCUGACACUCAUGCUGCAGGCAAUGAGCAGCAGAGAUGACUCUGUUUGCUUGGGAUGGAAAAGAGCAAUUUAGAGAGCUUUGAGGGAUUGACAUGCACUAUUGGGAGGUCUCUCUUGGAAUGCCUUGUGAUGGGAGAGCCCUGAAGCAAUGCUUGCCAAGGGCAUGAGAGAGGGGUACCUCAUGUGCCGCCAGACACGGGAUGCCAACUUCCCUGAGCACACAUUGUUAGCAACAGUUGUUGCCCUCCCAUGGCUUUUGUGGAUACCUUCAAAUAAAUUCACAGACCAACACAGCAGCCACUGAACUGCAGAAUGAUGCAAAUUUGGGUAAGGUUGCCCCAAGAGCUGAUGGACUGAUGUGUUCAAAGACAGGAACUCGGCCACCAUUUUAAGGCUGUAGUGUACCGCACAAGGUCUCUGACCAAAAGUUAUCUUUUAUCUCUGAGAAUAGGAAAUGGCCUUUCCCCCUUUACCUCUGUAGUAAAAGCAUAUUCUUGACAGGACAAAGCACAGGGAGUUUCCUACGGGGUCUGGUUCUGCCCAUUUACCCAGCUGAACGACUGGUGAUCUCAGGUCCCACCUGGCUCACUGUGAAGGACAUUUAAAUGAGAGGGUAACUUACAAUAAGCUUCAUGGAAAACAGUAGAGAUUUGGAGAAAAUGACAGGUCAAAUAAAAUAAUCGGCUUAUUAGAAGUACAGAAUGGAUGAAAGAUGUAGGUGGAAAAGGACUCUGGAGGUCUCUAAUCUAAGCACAGGCCAAGUCUCCACUCUCAGCAGUGGAUAUUAUUGCUUCACUGUAAAUCAAUCUAUUACUGAGCUUUUUCUUUACUGAGGCCCCUCUCGAGGCUUUAGUGGACAUUUCAAGUUGCGGAAGGACAAACAAUGGAGCAAGUGGCUCUUCCUGCCUGCUCUCCCACUCCCACCACCCCUGAGUGCAGGUUGGGCUGUUCCCCCUCACACUGGCAUGAGCAGAGCUGGAGAAGGAUGUCUGCACGCAGCCUGUAAAGGGCUGCAUCAGUUAUUCCCGGCAGUUUACAAUAUAAUGCCUUCAACUUGUUUAAAUAAUCUUCCAGACCAGGCUAAUUAGAUUGCUCUUUGAUCAAUAGCGCUCGUUGAAACAAGGCCAGAGUUUAGACUCUACCACUUCAAGGGCUGUCCUUGGACUUUCCACAUGCUGUUUUCGAGAGAAGGCCUGUGAGAAAGUGGCAGGGCACUGCAGAAGGGGUAGUGAAAACCUUUUCCAACAUUUGCUACAGGAAAGCCCUGUGCUGUGCUGGCCAUGCUUUGUAAACUCUGCAAACACAUCAGAUUUCAGUGUUUUGUUUUGUUUUCCUUUAAUGUGUCUCUGUUCCUACUUAAAGUAUCUCCAAGGAAUGAAACCUUUCGUGGACGUUGUGGUAAGAUGGAAGCUGGGAAAUGCUGUAGAGAAAGCUCUUAAAAUAACAGAAGCUUGGAAACGCUAAACAUCUUUUCCAGCAUCAACUAUUCUAGCCAAACAUGUUUUUAUCAUGGUCAUUCACUCACAUGAAACAGGUUAAAUAUGGGAAAAACCUUCACUGUCCUUCCAACAUUUAGAACAUACAAAAUGUGUUUGGACACAUAAGCUUCUUCCAGUCAAUAAAUAAUCUCACUGCAUCUGUUUUCCCCAUGGCUGGAGCCUUACAAACCACCUUCCCCUGUGCAGAAUGGAGCCUGCCGCCUCACUUGGUCCCAGAUAACAUUCUGUGAGAUGCGCGCACACAUGGACCAGUUGACACCACCAAGCAUAAGGCCAGAGCAGAGACCAGCACCCUUUCAGUCACAAUCUGACAGGUUUCCCCGUCUUCCAGGUUACUGGAGGAAAAAGAUCUGGGUUGAAUUUUGUCCAGUGGAAAUUUCACAGAGAGAAAUGUGUGUGGGGAAAACUACUGAAAAAGUUUGUUGAUUUGGGCUGAGCCUGUCUGAUAUUCCUGGUCAAUUAGAUGGAAAUGCCUGGGUGGGCUGGGCAGCUGCGUCCCUGUGGAAUUCCUCAAGGGACUUGCUUUUGCAAACAAAAGGCUGUGUCAUCCUUCUGGGGUAAGGAGGAAAGGUUCAGGGCACAGUCCUUCACCUCUGCCCUGUGUUGUGUUAGAGCAAGACCCCAACUCUCUUCACCCAACAGAGUGAGGUGACCACUAGGCCAAAUCCUGCCUGAGCUUUCCCAUCGGUUGGUGAUGACUGGUUGACAAGGAAACAGAGCUCAGCCAUGUGCUUCCACAGUUCUCCUCCAGUGUGACUUACAGCAACAUACCCAGACCAGUGUCCCACAGCUUCAGAGAGGGCUAUCUACCUCUUCCUCUGCGGCACCGAAGUGCCCUUGUAAAUCUGGCCCUUCACACCCUUUCCUGCUAAGGAAAAAUGCUUGGAAAGGAGCUGUUUGCUCACCUCCCACACAUUCUCAUAUGAAAACACCAUCAUCUUCAGAUCGGUCUGAGUAAAACUGUGGUUUUGGCUUUUUGCUCUGAAAAACCACGCCUAUGGCACAGCAUUACAGUCAAGUCCUACAGCACAAAAGCCCUGGGCCAAACUCCAGCUACCCAACCAUACCCCAGCUACGUCUCACUAUAUCCUAGCCCUACCUUGGCAAGACAAUAGAGGGGGGGCCCUUCUUUCACCAGCUGCCAGCAAUCUGUUCCUCCUUUCCUGUUGUCUUCCCCCUCCCACUGUUUCCCUGCUCCUGUCCUGUACCAGAGUCUCCCUCCAGGUUCUGCUCCCCUCCUGCUGUUUUGCUCUCCCACUCUGCUCUCGUUCUCUCUCUGCCAUUUGGUCUCGUUCUGCUGCAGCUCCCACCCUCCCUUUGCUCUUCCUCCUGCUUUCCGCUCGGUCUCGCUCCCCCUCCUCUGCCCUUGUGUGCUGUGAUAUAUAUUUUUGUAGGAUUUCUCUUCUUCUUGUGGUGAAAUACUCAAUUCUUGUGGGAUGUUAGUUUCAACAUUUUUAAAUAAACCUUUGCAAAAUACUGCAAGCAGAGCUCUUGCUGCUGUGGAAGAGGCCGCAACAGAGAUGUCAGGGGUGGGAAGAGAGGGGCUUCACACUGGUGGCACUGGAGCUCAGGCAUCUGCCAUCCUGUGCCCUCUUCCUGAAGCAAGAGUGACUUCUGCAUCCAUCUCACUUGGCUUCCUCGUGACCAAGAAGGUCUUCCAGCCUUCCUUCUAGCCUUCCCCAGGAGCUGGCCCUGCUGCAGGAGGCUGUGGGGG